GUGUAUCAGGAAGUUCAUAUUUACAAUUUACAGUUAUUACCAUGAACGCAGCAGGGCUAUCAACAUGGGCUAGCUUGUCUAGAAGGAGCUAGCUCCUCUUUCAUUAUUUCAGAUGAAUAAAACAUAACAAGCAUGUCUUUUAAACGAGAAGGCGACGACAAGAGUCAGUUGAACAUCCUGCAGAAGCGACGUGUGGCGGAUCUUCUGUCGAAUUUUAUUCCGGAUGAUGAAGCUGCUCUAUUGAAAAAUGGAAGAUACACCUGCCUUGUGUGCUCCUAUCGUCCUGUGUUUGAUACAGUUGAUAUACUGACAGUUCACAGAAAAGGCAAAAGGCAUCUAGAAGGGUUGAAAUCAUUCUAUGGCAGAAAAUCCCAGCUGAAGAAUGACAUAACAAAAAGGCAACAUGAAAACUACGUCCAGGCUGAAGACAGAACGCAGGAAGCCUCCAGUUCCAGUUCAGCCCCGUUACUGGCUCUAACACGGAAGAUUACACGUCACGCCUUGUUGAAGACUGUACCGUAUAACAGUUGCCAUCGAAAAACCAGCACAAAAUCUGAAAAAGCAACAACAAGCACCACUUCAGGAUUUAGCAGCAACGCCUGCAGUAAAAUGUCGUCUGAGCAAGAAAACGCAUGUCAGAAAACCGAAGCUUCAAACAGAACGGUGCCAAACAGCUCCAGCUUCAACAUCACAGCAGAAAACAAAGAGUUACAUCCGUCACAAGACAGAAAUGCACCUCAGCUCCUUGUGGUACCCGAGGCAGAGCCUAUAACAGCGGAGAAGAGGAGAGAGCUGGAGCGCUAUCUCAAACUGAAAAGUGACGGGUGGAUACAGGACCCUAGUGGCCGCUGGAUUAAAGAUGAGAAUGUGGAAUUUGAUUCUGAUGAGGAGGAGCCUCCUUCACUUCCUUGACUACCCACGAGUCACUGAGAAGAGGCACUAAGAACUGUGUGAAAACACAGAUUAUCUUGCACCAGAGUGGAACAUUCCGCUCAAGCCCAAGGUGUGGUAUUAUAUAAUAACAGCCCCUCGUGCCAAGGACUCCAGCCAACCGUCAACUUUUCACUCAAUCACACAUGAGUUUCUUUUGUCGAUCGUCAACUGUGGCAUGCAAGAGAGAAAAGUGAAAGCCAGAAAAAAUGUCUGCAGAAGAGAGAAAACAAAGACAUUGUCUUUGAAUGCAUAGGGUGUGUAUAAAAAAAUUGAGCUAGACCGCGAUAAUUAAUUAAUAUCACCUACAACUACAUCUAAUUACCUUGUGUUCACUCACAAGUGUUGUGCUUUAUUGUCCAAUUUCCUAUAAAUGGGAACAUAGCUUACAAAAUUGACAAUAUGUUCCAUUGAAGAAGAGCUGAAACUAGUGUAACUAGACCCGUCGAGAGCUCACUUCAUUAUUUUAGAGCGCUGGGCUUCAACACCUUGUUCAAUCUUUGUUGCCUGUGACGGAGACUCAACCGAGUCAAAAUCUACUCGCUUCAUCGAUGACAUUUAAUGUCAUAUCUGCCGUUUUCCACAGUCCUCUGAUGGAAAUAUGACAAAGUCAAAGAGGAAACAAAUGGAACACAAUAUGUGUCCGUCACAGCUUUACGAUCCAGAAACACACCUGUGUUUUACUGCGAAACAACCAGCAGAGCAAAGAGAGACUCCACUGCUGCCUCCUGCUUUGAAGAGGAAAGAAAAGUGACCUUUUUUUAAAGGUCUGAAAAUGAGUUUUCUGCUCAUUUCUGUGGCGGUAAUGUCAAACUCGAUAUUAGGUCAGAGAAACGGGGAAAUGGGAUGAAAGAAAAUAGCGGAUGGAGGGCAGGAACCUCGGCAAUGCUGUCAGAAUCCUCAGAGGUUAACAGCUGUUUCUGCUCAUAAAACUCAGCGGGUGCUCAUGGGUGCGACCCUCUUAAAGUUGGGGCUUAUAUUUGGAACGAGGUAACUUAAGCUCGGUGGACUCGGUUUCGUUUCCCAUCAGGUUGAGAAGGCUGUGUGGGGGGGGGGCGGGGUAAAAAUAGCUCAGGAGCUUGUGGGAAGUCAGAGGAUCAGGGACGACUUCAAGGGAUUAAAGUGGUUCCACUCCUUCCAGGAAGGCUUCAUGUCCAGAAGGAUGCAGUUUGCGUCAAACUUCACCUUAAAUAUUUGUUUUUCACGACGCAGAGAAUCCAGAUUUCCAGAUGUUAAUCACUAAACAUUUAAAAAAAAUUUUUUUGAUGAGUCAAGUAACCCUGAUAUAAUGAGGUCAGAUUAUGUUGCCAUAGCAACAUUAUUUCUCGACAUGAUUCAUGACUUUUGGAAAGUAAUUUGUGAUCCACUGGGAAUGUUUUAUACAUGUUCGUAUGAGGUUGAGUGUUCUCUUUUUUGACUGCUGUCAUUUCAGGACAUAUUUAUGAAGAUUCUUUUUUUUUAUUGUUUUAAAUAAUGCAAAUAAACUUUUUCUUACAAAAAUUGUAAGGUAAAGUCAUUUCUUUGUGUUUUCACAUUUUAAAACAACCAGCUUAGUAGAAUCAUGUUGCGACCAUCUGAACACAAUCUACAAACAAGCAUGGUAUAAAUGAAUUUCUCCCCUUAAUUCUUCUUAGUUUAAAAGUUUAAAGCAUAUUUUUAAAUGUAUCACAAGCAUGUUGUUUGUGGCAGUUACUUUGGUUAUAGUGUUUUUCGUGCAUCAGGUUUGAGCUUUUUCUUUCCCAAAUUUAAGCAGUGAAAACUGAAAAGUCUGUGCCAUUUCUUAAGGAUAACUCAUGUAUGGUACAUGUCCGGUAUAAGUACAAACCAUAAAAUUAAAGUUUCCAAACAUUUACAACAAAUACUUGAACAUAUAUAUAUUUUUUUAUUUAAAGUAUUUACAGAUUGUUUUCUUCCCAUGAAUAGCACCACAGUGAAAA